AUGCUCCAAGCAGACGAACACGUUCAUGCUUUAUACGAAGAUCGAAGGCUGACGGUUAGUUUUAAACCCGAGCCAGUAAAUUUGUCGACAUUGGGGGAAAAAUCACCUAGUUAUUUGUCUCGAAUUGCGAAUUGGUUUAAAAACCUGAAAACGACUACCAGAUUAGCAUGGACAUUAUUCAGAACUGGUUUUCACAAUCCAGAUCAGGCACUUUUGAUGGGAUAUACUCCUGGAUACUAUAUCUCCGUCUGGCGCAAGUUUGAUCCUACAUUCACGUACCUGAAAAACCCCGACCCUGGCGGUGAUAUGUAUCAAAAAUUAUUACGUUUUGGCGAAUACUACGAUGAUCUUCAACAUCAUCAAGGCUCAAUCAAAGACUUAGCUGAAAAACUGAGUAACGUGGAAAAACAAAUGAAAGAUAUGUCUUGGAUCAGUCGCAUUCGCGCUCGCAUUGCAAUGUGGAAAACAAGGCGCCUCCUCAAUAAAGGUGUUCCUGAAGAAAAGUUGCUCGAGAAAGGCGUUUCGCCUUACUUGUACUUUAGGUGGCUGAAGGAAAAACAGGGCAGUAUACCUACGCUUCAAGACGGCUUUGUCAACUGGUUUGCAACUAAAGACGCCAUGGCAUGGUUGAAAUAUCAGCGUUUGUAUGAUAAGAAGUUUCCUUAUCCGAGAAAGGGUAUCGAUUAUGCAAAAAUACCUUAA